UCGGAAAUGGCAGGAACACCUGCCGGCAAAUCGCCGGCACCAAAGCGUCUUUGUAUGGGUGAGAAUAUAGGGCCGGUGAAUCUGAGGACAUGGAACUGGCAGUAUACGGGCUUCCGUCCAGUUAGAUCUGGGCUGAGAGAUUUGUUGGAAGAAAGGCCACGACUGGAAGAAAAGCAUAACUGACGACGAAGGAACAGCAACAAGUGAACCAAAUCGAGGAGAGAGAGCACUAACUGGCGAGAUCCCUGAGUUUCCAUUGAUUCACUCAGGAGAAAGUUUGCAGGUGGGACUGAUCUGCACCGUGACCAAAGUGCAAACAAAACGACGACAAUCAGCAAUCGUCAGUCAGAAUCAAAAUGGCUACAGGUGGAAAAUUAAAUCGGAUACGGAAGGUACUCAAUAGGUUCUUACCAUGCAGCCCAUCGAGGGCAGAUGAUCGUGACACGGGAUGCAAGGGACCAAUGCUGGGUCGAAUUGAGAGCAAUGUCCCUCUAGAAUAUGGUGUGGCCUCAGCGGAAGAGGAGCAAAUUCAGCCCAGAGACAGUGACGUCAGAGACACUGGGCAGGACCCUGGAACUGGCACAAGUCAGGCGACUGCCUGUCAGCACGGAAGCUCAUUAAACACGGAAUUGUCAAGUGCCCAACAGGGAGUGGAGCUCGAGUUUACAAUUUCUGACCUCCUGGCACAGGGGGGUGAAUAUCAACUCUACCAACUGACAAAGUUCUACUGGCACAGACUCCAACACGCAAUUGAAGAAAAAGUUGAAAGACUUGGUUGGAUGUUGACAAAGGAGGGACAUUUCAGUAGAGAAGAAAAUGAGAAGGUCACUGAAAUGACAGAGAAGGGAAACCGGACAGAGGGGUCCAGACUUUUCCUCAGUUUGGUGAUGGACAAAGGCUCCCAGGCCCGGAGGUCGAUGUGGGAAUCCUUUGUGACGUGGAGGACUGAGCUACCGAAGUUGGACAGAAUACUGAGGGAAAUACAGGAGUUCGGUCCUGAUCGACAGGUGUACAUGAACAUUGCCCCGGUGUUAUCAGAGUUACCCACUGAACUGAUAGAUGUUCAGCAGAAACACAAAGAGACUCUACGGGCACAAACUGAAAAAUUGAGAGUAAACACGAUCCUGAUGACUGAGAAGGUGAAGGUUUUCCAGUUGGUUGAUCGAUACGCUGAGCUCACGGUCAUUUCUACUGUUCGAGAUCGGAGACUGGUGGAGCAUGAGCUGUUGGCAAGAGGCAGAGACCACGAGCAGUGGAGAGAGAAACAUCUCCGCAGAGAGCUGGAAAAAAUCCGGACUGAUCAUCUAUUUCAGAGCAGUUAUUCACAUGGCUUAUGGGACAGAAUUAAAAGAUUCAUCACACGGUCAACUUCGGGCUGUUCGGCAGCAGUGGCCGGAGUCCCGGGGAUCGGGAAAACAACGAUGGUACAAAAGAUUGUUUAUGACUGGGCCACGGGGAAAAUAUAUCAGCAAUUCCAGUUUGUGUUCAGUUUCAAAUUCCGGGAUUUAAACUCCAUUAACUGUAGAAUAAACCUAAGGGAACUGAUUCUUGAUCAGUAUCCUUACUUUGGGAAAUUCCUGAGAGAGGUCUGGAAGAACCCAGAGGGAUUGCUCUUUAUAUUCGAUGGUUUGGAUGAAUUCAAGCAAAGAAUCGAUUUUGCUGACAGUCGGAGAGAUACAGAGCCCAGGCACCAGUGCCCAGAUCCCGAGUGGUGGUGUGAAGUGUCUGACAUUGUGUACAGUUUAAUCCAGGGCAAGCUGCUCCCAGGGUGUUCAGUCCUGGUGACCACACGUCCCACUGCGUUACAUUUAUUAGAAAAGGCAGAGAUCAGUAUCUGUGCUGAAAUCCUGGGAUUUGUUGGUAAGGAACGGAAGGAAUAUUUCAUUCGGCAUUUUGAAGAUGAGACGGUUGCAGCUGCUGUUUUCAAACACGUGAAGGAGAACGAGAUCCUGUACACCAUGAGCUACAACCCCUCCUACUGCUGGAUCCUCGCUCUGGCAUUAGGACCCUUCUUCACACAAAGAGACAGGGACCCACAGCGGGUUCCCAAGACCAUCACCCAACUGUACUCCUACUACAUUUACAACAUCCUGAAAAACCACGGCCGUGAGAUUGAGAACCCGCGUGAUGUGUUACUCAGGGUUGGUCAGAUGGCCUUCAGAGGAGUGUCCCAGAAGAAGAUUGUGUUUACAGAUGGUGAUUUAAUCAACUACAAUCUGCAGCCUUCCCAGUUCCUGUCCGGGUUCCUGAUGGAGCUUUUGGAGAGAGAGGAUUCUGCCCAGUGUGUGGUGUACACAUUCCCACACCUCACCAUCCAAGAGUUUGUAGCUGCAGUCGCACAAUUCCUGAAUCCACAUCCCGGGGAUAUCCUGAAAUUCCUCACUGAAGCCCACAAUACAAUAGAUGGGCGAUUGGAGGUAUUUCUCCGUUUUGUUGCUGGACUCUCCAGCCCAAUGACAGCUCGGGGCCUGGAGGAGUUUCUGGGUCCAUUUCCUCAUCAAACAACCUGCCGGGUGAUUGAUUGGGUGAAAGAGGAGGUUAAACGCCAGAUUGGAAACAUGAGGAGUGAAGCCGGUAAUAGGAGCCUCCUGAACACAUUGCACUACCUGUUUGAGUCUCAGAAUUGUAGACUGGCCCAGGCCGCACUGGGAUCUGUGGAAACACUUUCAUUCCGUGGAAUGAGACUGACCCCGAUUGAUUGUGCGGUCCUGUCUCAUGUCAUCAAACUCUGUGAAACAAUAAAACAGCUCAAACUGGAGUACUGCCUGAUUCAGUGUGAAGGGAUCCAGCGGCUGGGACCCGGGCUGCACAAAUGCCAGGACCUGAGACUUGGAGAUAAUAAACUGGGAGAUUCAGGAGUGAAACUGGUGUCAGCAGCUCUGACGAACCCAGAGUGUAAAAUACAGAAACUGUGGCUGGACUAUGUCGGUCUUACAGAUUCUGGUGCCAAAGAUCUCGCCUCCGCUCUCAGUACAAACCCAUCACUGGCGGAGCUGAACCUGAGUGGUAAUGAACUGGGAGAUUCAGGAGUGAAACUGGUGUCUGCGGCUCUGAGGGACCCAGAGUGUGAAAUGCAGGAACUGUGUCUGAACAGUGUCGGUCUCACAGAUUCUGGGGCCGAGGAUCUCGCUUCCGAUCUCAGUACAAACCCAUCACUGACGGUGCUGAGCCUGGCAUCAAACUCGCUCACAGACCGAUCUAUCCCCGCUCUCCGGCGCCUCAUACUGACCCUCUCGUGUUUGGAGUGGAUCCGCCUGGCUGGGAAUCAGUUCAGUGAGACCGGGAAGAAGGAAUUGCGAUCUCUGAAGGAACCCAGACCCGGACUGAAAGUGGAUCUAUGAAUAUCGGCAUGUUUGAAAAUCUCAGACCUCUGUGACGUCAGCGAUGGAUCCCCAGUGACGUAAUUCCGUCUCACGUCCAGAGUCGCUGUUUCCGGCGUAGUCCGGGUUGAGAGCUCCGCCAGCUGUGACACCGAGAAUUACACAGACAGGAAGACACCGUGGGUGGGGCUGUUCCCGGGAUGGGAUUAUUCCAGGAGAGAAUUUUUUUUUUCAGUUUGGGAUGACGAUGCAUUCGGCAGUCCGGCCGAUAUAAUGAUGUUAAAUUAACAGACUCCUCGGCAGUGACCCUGGAUCUGCAAAGAUCUCGGACACGGCCCUUAAGUGUGACUUUAUAAUCAUUGGUGAGAAAUGGGACUGUUUCUUCAAACUGUCACUCGUUGUCGCCGAUUGUGUGUAACCGUGAGUGAAUCGCGAACAGUGUAUUUAUUCCUGCACGUCAGCAGCUCACAUAUUGUUUAAGUUACUAUUGUCAUGAUUCAAUCAGUAAACCGCUGCAAUUU